AUGGCACUUGUCUUUGCUGCUGGGAUCUGGACCGGACUCCGGGUUCAACGGAGAGCCUCACAAGACCACGAAGAAGAGUAUCAAGGCGUUCACGGAGGCCUAUUUUCGUCUUCAAGUUUCUCUCUCAUCAUGGAAUCUUUCUACGACGAGUUGCUCCAAACGAGACAGGAUAUAGAGAAAAGCAUUGCCAAACUAAGAGAGCCUCUUCAGCACCUAGAAGAUUCCAAGGCAUCUGAUGACAUUCGAAAAUAUCUCCAAGACUUUUCCGCAGCAUUCUGCGAGCUUUCUUCAUUGUUUGAAAAGGUGGCUAGUUUUACAUCAUUAGCUGUGCGAAUAGCGGAAGAUUGCGAAUUGAAAGAGUGGACUUGGCAUACAACCGCCUUCUGGGAAGACUACGGACAUAUACAGCAGAUCAAGCUUACGUAUUCGUUAUGUAAUGCAUCGGAAGGUGAUCAGCUUCGUCGAGGCCUGGAGCACCUUCAGAUACAGAUGCGUGGUUUACAUGCUGUUUGUGAAGAAAACAAGGAGCAACUGGAAGAAGACCUAAAGUGA